CCAUGUGUCUGUGCAGAUGGCAGCGAUGGGAAGGCGAAGGCAGAGGAGGAAGAGGUGCAGGACUACAGAGUCAAGUGUUUGAACAACCUGGCCACCACUCAGCUCAAACUGGAGCAGUUUGACGAAGCGCUGCACACCAGCCGGGACGUUCUGACCCUCGAGCCAAACAACGUCAAGGCCCUUUUCAGGACGGGAAAGCUCCUGUCUGACAAGGGUGAAUACAAAGAGGCGAUGGAGGUGCUAAAAAAGGCCUUGAAACUGGAGCCAGCCACCAAGGCGAUCCACGUCGAGUUAUCUAAACUCGUCAAAAGGCAAACGGGAGACAAAGACACCAAAGAAUGGAAAGCCAAACCAGCAGAGAUGCUUGGAGAUGACAUCGCACCUUUCCUGAUUCCACCUAAGAAAAAGCCAUCUGGAAUUUCCUGGAAGUUCAUACUCGGAGCGCUGGUGGUGGCCUUGGGCAGUUUAGUGACGUCAGUGAUUCUGACUGCAAGAAACUGAAAUCCUCUGCAGGAAGCACUUUGGAAACCAUCACCAUGUGCAGGAGCAGAGUUUGGUCUCCGGUCCUCUCCAAUCAGCUCGUUUAAAAAGAGUUUUCUACUGUGAGUGCAAAGCGGCAGCACUGGAGCCUGAACUUGCAUUUGUGCGACUAUCAUGCAGUAUAAAAAAAAAAAAAAAAGCUUUCACUGAAAGGUGAAUAGUUGAAUGGAGUGAAUUCUUACUACCAACAGAGAUUUCCACUGAUCGAUAACACAGAAGCGUCUAACAGCCAUCUUUCCAGUUCAAUCUGUUUUAUUUGGAAAAGGGAUUACAUUUCUUUUUGUCAUAAAAAAUGGGCCCUGGAAUAUGUCACAGAUAGUCAAAAAAAAAAAAAACUACAUUCAGUGGACGUGGAACUUUUGUAAAGACUAAUCAAAUCAUUUAUUUAAAAAGUACCUUUAGUAAAUGAAUAACACUGUAAACAUCACAAAUGUGUGAACUAUUUGAUCAGUGCUCCCUUUAGAGGUUUAAACUGCAAUGCAAUAUUGCUUCCACUGAUGCUUAUAAUAAAAAAUAAAACAUG